UGAGAGCCAAAGAAGCGAGAGCACAUCACACACUUUACUCCAUCAACCACAUCACCAAUCCACAAUCCCAAUUCACUUUCCCGCGUUUUUGUCACACCACGCUCUUCGCUUCUUCUCCACUCAAACUCCUUCCACCAAUUCUCAAAUUCAAAUCUCUCUCUCUCUCUCUCUCUCUCAAUUUCAAUCUCAUUCCUUCGAAGAAGAUGCUGAAGACGAAGGCGUUCCAAGGCGCCAACGUCUUCAUGUCGCGAAACCUUGUUCCGCCCGAAGUCUUCGACGCGCUGCACGACGCCCUCAAAGAUAACGGCGCCCAACUCCACCUCUGCUGCGACCCUUCCCGCAACGGCGCCAACGAUUUCCACAUCAUUUCCUCCAGCAAACACGAGAAGUUCAACGAUCUUAAAUCCAAGGGAUGCAAAUUGCUCGGUCCUAGAUGUGUUCUUUCGUGUGCAAAAGCCGGAAGGCCUCUGCCUACACGAGGCUUCACUUGUUGCCUUGUCAUGGAAGGCGUCAAAGUACUUGCGUCUGGCUUUGAUAUGGAUGAGAAGGUUAAAAUAGAAGAGUUAGUGGCUGAAAUGGGUGGAGUUCUACAGAAUAAAGCAUCAUCAGAUAUGAACUUUGUCAUUGUGAAAAAUGUUUUAGCUGCAAAGUACAAGUGGGCUUUGAAUACAUUGAAGAAACCAAUAGUCACUUUUGAAUGGUUAAAACAAUGCUCAGAUGAGCAUCGAGUUGUUCCUCAAGAGUCAUACAAGGUCCUUCCAUUCUCUGGGUUAAAGAUCUGUGUUACUGGAAUCCCAGCAGAUAAGCGUAAAGAGAUGGAGAAACUUAUUUUACAAAAUGGUGGAAUAUACUCCAGGGAAUUGACAAGGAACUGCACGCAUUUGAUUUCUGAGGCUCCUGAAGGUGCCAAAUAUAAGGUGGCAAAAAAAUGGGGCCACAUUCCUAUUGUGACAAGGAAAUGGUUUGAUCAAUCUAUUGCUCGAAGAGCAUGUCUGAAUGAGGAGUCCUUCCCUGUUCAGCAUGGAUCUGUAUCUUCACAUAAAGUAACUAAGGACUCAACAAUGCAACAUAGCCAAGAAAUGGAUAUUGGGAGAUUGCAAUCUGCAGCAUCCUCAGGUGCUACAGAUUCAAAUAUGCAAGUUCAUUGCACUGAGUUUAUGGAUAGAGAUCUAGAAGCUACGCAGCAGUCACAACCCGUGUCCUCAGUUCCAAAUGCUCCUUUAUUUGUUAAAGAGGCAUAUGCUGAACCUUCACCGUUGAAGACCAGCAGUGAAUUGAACUUUGAUGGCGCUGUUGCAAAUGAUUCUGAAUCGGAUGAUACUGACCUUUACUUAUCAAAGUGCAGAGUAUUAUUGGUUGGUUUUGAAGCUCGUGAAAUGCGGAAACUAGUUAAUAUGGUGCGUAAAGGUGGAGGCUCCCGGUAUAUGUAUUUUAAUGACAAAUUAACCCACAUAGUGAUUGGGAAUCCUACUGAAAUGGAAAAGAAGGAUGUGAGGAGUCUUGCUGCUUUAGGUGUAAUUUAUGUUGUUAAAACUACAUGGCUUGAAGAUUGUGACCGUGAAAAGAAAGAAGUCCCUGUUCUUAGGAGACACAUUGCAUAUGAUCUACUUCAUCAAAAAGCAAGCUUGGUAAAAGGAGUAAUAGGCAGUAUGUCUAUGGAUCAUGGUAAAAGCUCCAACUUUCAUCAAAGCUUACAGAGUGAUCAGGGAGACUUUGAAAUUAUAAAGCCAGAAUCUUUGGAGAAAAGACAAGAAGAGAAAACAGAUAAGGGUGUAAAUGGUCACUUACUCGGUAAAGCAACAGGCAGAACUAUGCUGCAAAAUCAAUAUCCUGACAAUAAAUCAAGGGCACAAAGGAUGACCCAACAUGACUCCAGUGUUCAAUAUGCAAAGUCAACAAAUAUUUUCAGAGGGAAACUAUUUUGUUUCUCAAAUUUAUUUCCUGAAGAAAGGAGAGCUGAGAUUGUUCAAUGGAUAAGUCAAGGGGGAGGAGAGAUAAUAAGUGGGCAAACAAAACACUCUGUCCACUAUACUAUUGAGUGUCAUGGUGUAACACCCAUGUUGACUGGUCAUUCCAAGAGUUUACAUAUUUCUAGUCAUUGGAUACGAUCUUGUUUGGAGGUUGAAUCCUUGCUGGAUGUUGACAGUCACAUUCUUUAUUCUCCACUUCCCUGCCGUGUUCCCUUGCCUGGGUUUGAAAGCUUCUGGUUUUGUGUUUCACAGUAUGAGGAGAAAGACAGAAUUCUCCUAAGGAACUUGUGUUUUGUUUUGGGUGCUAAAUUUGUGGAGAAGUUGACUAAGAAGGUCACCCAUUUGUUGUGUAAAUUCACCAAUGGGCUCAAGUACGAGGCUGCUUGUAAAUGGGGCAUCCAAUCAGUUACAUCGGAAUGGAUAUUUGAAUGCGUCAAACAGAAUGGAGUUGUUGCUAUUGAUCAAUUUUUACCAAAAGAAGUCACUGCUCAAGACCGAGAGGCAGGAAUUUGCACUGUAAGUCAAUUUCCUACCCAGGCUUUUGAUGUGACGAGUGACAUGCCCUCUCAGUUGUCAAGUCAAUCACAAACUUUAAGAAGCACCGCAGAUAAAAAUGUCAGCUGUGGAAUUGAUAAUCAUGAGACCAAUUUUAAGAUACCAAGUAUUUAUAGCAGCAAAAAGGCAAGGCUUAUGGAGGAACCUUGCCUAUCCAAUAAGAUGCCUUUGGCAUCAAAUUCAGGUAUUCAUCCCUCUGACAAAUUGUUUUCCAAAGACAAUAUGGUUAUAGAUGAUGGGGAGGUUUGUCAUGCUGUUCCUGAUGUUGCUGCUGCAAUUGAGGACUUGUUAGAGCAGACAAGCAAGAUGCAUGAUCAGAGGUCCCCAGCGCAGACAGGGUGUGAGAGAAGUAUUUACCCAUCUGAUCGUUCUGUCCUUGGUGAAGAUAAUUCCAAUCCUCGUACUGUCUUUGGAUUAUCUAAACACUGGUUGAACAGAAGUGGCAGAGAUGAUAACGGGGAGGGCUCUGAAGAAAGAAGAGCAGGAAUAUAUUAUGGUUUUAGUGAAACACAGACAGAAUCUCAGGUUGUUGGUUAUGAAGAAGAUUUAUCAGGAAGGCAAAUGCUUAUUGACAGAGUCCGAACUCGAAGUAGCAUGCCACAGUGAACAGGAACUAGAAUCUGUCUAGUCAUGAUCUCAACAAAAAUGAAUAUAGAUUAGAGAAAGAAAACUCAACCUUGAUCAGAUAAUGAAGGGUCAGUAUAGGUCAAUAUCAUUUAUAUUUGUACCUUCGUGUUUGAACAUGUUGAGUUGGAUUUUGAGGAAUAGCAGCCUUAAUUCCUGAAUCAUGAUGUAAUCAUUUUUUUUGUAAUCUAAAAUUAUGAAAUAAGAAACAGCCAAGUAAGAAAAAUGUAGUCUUACUAUUUUAGUGGGAUAA